AGUUUAUGGAUUGCUUCAUGGUGGGCCGGGAUCUGGUGCGCCUCCUCCAAAGCGUGGCCCGGAUUCCGGAGUUUGAGCAGCUUUGGAAGGACAUCAUCCACAACCCCCAGGCCCUGAGUCCUCAGUUCACAGGGAUGUUGCAGCUUCUGCAGUCAAGGACGUCCCGGAAAUUUCUGGCUUGUCGUCUCACCCCGGAUAUGGAAACCAAGUUGCUUUUCAUGACCUCCCGGGUGCGUUUGGGUCAACAGAAGCGGUAUCAAGACUGGUUCCAGCGCCAGUAUCUCUCCACCCCGGAUAGCCAGUCCUUGCGCUGCGACCUCAUCCGUUACAUCUGCGGGGUGGUCCACCCAUCCAACGAGGUGCUUAGCUCCGACAUCCUCCCACGCUGGGCCAUCAUCGGGUGGCUGCUCACCACCUGCACGUCUAACGUGGCUGCUUCCAACGCCAAACUCGCCCUGUUUUACGACUGGCUGUUCUUCAACCCCGAUAAGGACAGCAUCAUGAAUAUUGAGCCCGCCAUCUUCGUCAUGUAUCAUUCCAUGAAACCCCAUCCGGCAAUCACAGCUACCCUGCUGGACUUCAUGUGUCGGAUCAUUCCGAACUUUUAUCCCGCGUUGGAGGCCCACGUCCGUCAAGGCGUCUUCAACUCCCUCACCCACAUCGUGGAGAAGCGCGUCUUGGCGUAAGACUCUUGGGGUGGG